AUGGCGGAGCCCUCACCCUCUGAGGGAGGAGGAAAGGAUAAGAGAUCUCUUCCAGCAUCCAACUCGUCGUCGCAGCGCGCGACCUUGAUGGCGCGGCAGAAGGCCGCCGAAGCCAAAUUAAAGCGCAAGGUUGCCGAGCUCGCGCAUCAAGUUGCGAAGGCUGAAGAGGAAGCAGCACGUGCAGAGCUCGAGGCUGAGAGCGCUGCGAUCGAGGCAGAAAAGACUGCUAGUUGCUCAACGACGGCUUCCAUGAAGCGGACGGCGCAAUGGGUAAAUGACACCCGCAGCGCCGCGAGAUCGCCAUCACGCCUUAUGGAAGGUCAGCAAGUCAGGUCUGUGCCACUGUUGCCGGAGUGCAAACCUCCACGGUCACCAUGCGUUGUUAAGGUACCACAAUCUAAUUUAUUAUGUGAGGAUGUGCAACGCACCAUGCGGGAGACGGCCGUCCACUUACCUUUCGGGGAAGGUGCCCCGUCACCUGCGAAGGCGCGCCACGAACCUCAAGAUGUACCAAUAGGCGAAGUUUGUCGUCUGGCUAACGCUAUUACUUUACUCGCACAAAAUUGCGAUAGACCUAAAUCAGUAAUUAUAGAUCUAAUCAGUUUUUCAGGGAAUAUUUCGGAUUGGUCUUUAUUCAAAAAGAGUUUUGAUGAUACCAAGGCUGCGUUUUCGGAUAGGGAAAAUAUGGCGCGUCUGCGUAAGGCUUUAUGUGGUGCAGCGCGCGAGACCGUCAAAUCCUUGCUCCUAACAACAGAUGAUCCUGAAUUGGUAAUAAGGACUUUAGAGCUCAACUUUGCGCGCCCAGAGCAGAUCGUUCUCUACGAAAUAGCUGCAGUGCGCGCCCUGCCUAAGAUGACUCGAAACUACGACAUUUUCACAUUUUCAGCUCGAGACAAGUGGUUGGAUUUUGCGGAUCAUCACUUCGACCUUGAGACGCCGAUGCUGGAGUUGUUGGCAACAUUUCUGGAGCAGGAAGCUAGCAAGCGGGCUCGUUUUAGCCCCAGUCCUUUGUUGUGCAGCUCUACUCCUGACUUCGAUAAGUCGAAGACGCAGCCGCCGGCGUUUCACCGGGUGCACGCUCACACCACAACAAACAAAUUAACUUGCUUGUUUUGUUCAUCCGACCACACAAUAAAAUCAUGCCCCAAAUUCAUUUCACUCUCCAUUGACGAGCGUUUGUCGUGGGUUCGCCAGUCGAAAGUUUGUCCGAAGUGCAUUCGCAAAGCUGUCAACAGUACUUCAGUGUCACAAAAUGUCAACAUCAACGACAACAUUUUUAAUCGUGGCGUAACAGACCAAGCAGGUUGCGAACCUAUCGUCUCAGCGGAGAGUAAUGUAAUCUCUUUUUCGAUUAAUGAGAAAGCUUUGUCUUGCCGUAAAAUUUUAUUGAAAAUAGUGCCCGUGAUAUUAUCCGGGCCAGGUGGGGAAGUGCUUACCCAUGCUUUGUUAGACGAUGGGUCUACGACUACGUUAAUUGACGCUGAGUUGGCGGAUGCUUUAGGGCUCGUUGGUCCCGAAGAAGAUAUUUUCAUGGGCGGUGUGUCAGGUUCACGAAAAGUUACUACGAAACGGGUAAAUUUUGGUAUCAGAGGUAAAAAUAGCUCUGAAGUCUUUAAUAUUUGUGAGGCGCGAACAGUACAGAAGUUAUUAUUGGCUAGCCAGUCGGUACGUCAAGAAGAUGUGCUAUCGUUUAGUUAUCUCAGCGAUAUUGCUAAUGAGUUGACGUACGAGCGAGCGACCCCUAAAGUACUUAUUGGUAUUUGUGACUGGCACCUUUUAGUAAGUAAAGACAGCCGUUUCGGGUCGUCGUUAUGUCAACCGGCUGCAAUACGCACCGUUCUUGGCUGGGUUUUAUACGGUUACCGCCCGAAAUUUAGUAAGAAUAUACCUUGUGUUAAUCAUUGUUCGGUGUCCGACAAGGACGAGGAGUUGAACUCUCUUAUCAGAGAUUAUUAUAAAUUAGAGUCGAUUGGUAUUAAGCAGCACGAAACGUAUACGUCACUAGAGCAGCGAGCGGUUACAAUUGUAGAAGAGACAACGCGCCGCUUGCCGAAUGGCAGGUUUGAAGUAGGUCUGCCGUGGCGCGAGGACGACCCUCGAGUGCCAGACAGCUACUAUCUCGCUCUCAGUCGAUUGCUUUCUCUUUCGAAGCGCUUUAAGCGCGACAGUGCAUACCUAGAUUGCUAUACAAAAAAUAUUGACUCUUAUACAGAGAAGGGCUAUGCUGAGGAAUGCGUAGACUCCCAUAACCCUACCGACGACAGCUCUAGGCGCUGGUACCUCCCACACUUUGGAGUAACCAACGUCAAUAAACCAGGUAAGUUGAGGAUAGUCCACGAUGCCGCUGCCCAGACUCACGGUGUCAGUUUAAAUUCACUCCUACUUCCAGGACCCGACCUCUUACAGUCUUUGUUAGGAGUUUUGGUGAGAUUUCGCGAAGGUCAAGUCGCCUUAACAGGUGACAUUAGGGAAAUGUUUCCACAAAUUAAAAUUCGUAGUGAAGACCGUAAUUUCCAACGAUAUUUAUGGCGGCCCAAUGGCGUUGGACGUGUGAUGGAGUUUAGAAUGUCAUCGCUUAUCUUUGGCGCGUCGUGUUCACCUUUCAUUGCAAAUUUCAUAAAAAACAGAAACGCGAAAGACUUUGAGUUUGAGUUUCCUGACGCGGCCAAAGAUAUUGUUCAGAACCAUUAUAUGGACGACUAUUUAGGUUCCUAUGAUCUUGAACAAGCGGCUCAGGUCGCUGCUGACAUAGUCCAUGUACAUAGUCAGUGUGGUUUCGAAAUGCGAUCGUGGAUCUCCAACAAACCAGAAGCUCUUAAACUCCUGCCGCCGAUUUUAGUCAAAGACGACAUUAAAGAGGUCGAUCUAAAUUUGGAGGGUGUAGGUUUUCGCGUGUUAGGGUUAUAUUGGAUACCACACGAUGACAACUACAUUCAAAUCUAA